AUGGUUGUCAGUAGAGCUGAAUGGCUAAAAGGUUGGGCUACGGGUUUAUCUGCUGGUGAAUCAGAUUGGACUUAUGGGUUUUCUUUCUUUACAGUGGUUAUCGAUCUGACUGAUGCUGGCCAUGAGCAUGUUGAGGAUAUUGUGGGGCUGCUAUUUGAAUAUAUUCGCCUCCUACAACAGUCUGGUGUUUGCAAAUGGAUAUUUGAUGAGGUACCACAUUAUCUUGCAGUGCUCUAACUUGCCUGUGCCACAUUACUAGUACUCAUUUAUAUAUUGCAGACAAUCACAAACGUGGUGUGUGCAUUCCAUUCGUAUAUAUUGAUAUCCUUCUGGACAUCUGAAUUAUAAACUCUAUAUUUGCUAUUAAUCUAUAAAUAUUUACUAGCAAGUUGAUGAUUCUAUAGGGUUAUGAGGCCGAUUAUCAUGGUGGGUUCUUUAUGACAUGCUUAUCCUUUUCCUUUAGGAUCCUUCUAUUGUUGCUGAAAUGAUGUUCUUUUUGUAAAUGGUUUAAGCAACUAAGUUUUGAGACAAAGAGACUUCGUUUAGACUUGAUAAACUUUUUAACUUUUAGGCAUACCUCUGAAAUCCAACCUCUACCCCCAGCCAGCAGGGCCUGGGAAGAGGUGAAGAAGGAUGAAUAGAAAAAAACCAGCUUUUGCCCUUGCUGGCUUCCUUUUUUGUUUCUGUACCAUAAUUAUAGU